AUGCCUUCCAACCCCAAGUCUACCCGUAUGACCUACCGUUUUCUCGGAAAUUCCGGUCUUCUCGUUUCCAAGGUCUCACUUGGUAGCUGGAUGGACAUCAAUGACAAGUACACCGCCGAUGCCUGGUACGACAUGAUGAAGCUGGCCUUCGAACACGGCGUCAACUUCUUCGACAACGCUGAAUUAUACGGCGGAGGUCUCGCGGAGAAGAACAUGGGCGCAGCUAUCAAGAAAGGCAUCGCGCAAGGGACCUGGAGCGGUGAGGACCUCGUCAUCACCACCAAGAUCUACUUCGGACCAAAGGAUUUCAUUGCGGAACGAGGUCCAAACGAGAUGGGUUUGAGCCGUAAGCAUAUCGUGGAAGGCACGAAGGCAUCGCUGAAGAGGUUGGAGCAGGAAUACGUCGACGUCAUCUUCUGCCACCGCCCCGAGCCAUACACGCCGAUCGAGGAGACUGUCCGAGCUAUGAACUACGUGAUCAACCAAGGCUGGGCCUUCUACUGGGGCACCAGUCAAUGGAGCGCAGCUGCGAUCAUCGAAGCGUGCGAGAUCGCCGACCGUCUUGGACUGAUCCGACCCAUCGUGGAGCAGACGAUCUAUAGUAUCUUGGAUCGCAACAAGGUCGAGUUCGAGUAUGUCGAUUUGUACAAGAAGUACAAGCUCGGUCUAACGACUUGGUCGCCUCUUGCGAAUGGAGCACUACAGUGCUGGGACGCCUGA